AUGCGAUUGGUUCGUCUGCUGGGCCAGGCAAGCCUUGCAGUGGCUUGGCGGCCUAGCCUAAGUACGGCACCCGCCACGCAUGGCGUACAGCUGGUCAGCGAUAGUAACGCCCAUGGGCCCUGCUCUCUCGAUCUCAAUACCUGUUCGGCUCUGGCCAUUGACGACGAAUCAGCCCGGCAGUCAGUAGCCAUCAAGCUGACCUUGUGCGAACUACGGUCAGCAGCCUUUUCGAUCCCACGAGAAUGUGAAGCACAUCAUGUCAACAUCAAGUCCUGCAUCGAAGCUCUCGGUCGAUCACCCCAGCAAUGGGCCACAUACAGCGUGUGGUCGAGAGACGUAGCUCAUUCAUGUUCAACGCAUAAUCGCUGGAGAGAUCUAGAGCAUGCAAAGUCGCUCUACCAAACCGCAUCGAGGGAUCUGGCUGCUGUUGCUCAAGAACGCGCCGAAUUCAAUGAGCAAGCACGGUCGCGGUUUUCAGAGAUGCAGGAAUUACAAUCGGGACUCGCAAAGGCAGCAUCGCAGCUCUUUGGUGACUUACAGCAAGAUCUUUCGCUGGCAUUAACGCAUCGAGACAACGCAUACGCUGCUGGUUUAUCUGCGAGUUUGCAAUCCAGUGACGCUCGUAUGGCUCACUUUGCGUCGAUAGCGGCAGAAUCUCAUCGACAUCUCAGUGACAAUUUAUCGCUCUUAAUGAAUCGUGCGGGUACGGAGAUGGAGCAAGUCAUCGCUCGAAUUGCUCAAGCGCACCUUGCGAGCUUGGACGCGCUAGAUCGGCAGGGACAGCAGCUAGAGCUGUCACUCGGCGGCAUUCUGACCUCUGUUGCGCAUGUCGGACAACUAUUUGAUACUCACCUACAGAGUAUGACGAAGCUCGACGCGCUGGCAGGCUACACUCUUGCUCAUUUGCAAACGAUGCAAGAAACCUCGCUGCAAUUACGCACGUCGACAGAAGCGCAGGUAGAGCAUAUCGCGCGCGUCCACACGCUACUCGAAUCGGUCUCGGUGGCUGCAAGUACAUGGCGAGCGCCAGCCGUGAUCGAUACGAUCUUGCAAGUCUUUCAUCUCGCUGUGAACCUGCCAGCGCUCUUGACGGCUUUGGCAAUGGUCUGUGCCUGCGCGUGGCUUGCAAGCAAGUUACCGAUUGCUGGUGCGUGUCGCCUGAUCUUUCGGACGGCUCGCUUCCUCUUGCGAUGCAUCUGGCGGAAGAAAACGUCUCAAGAGACGGUGAAGCCCAUAAGACCGAAAGGAUUGAGACAAGCGACCUUCUUUGCCCCGUCGAGCGGACCCGGAUCGCCAGUUGUGAUGCGAAGAGGUCGUGUAUAA